CACCUCCACCGCCCGCUCUCGGCGCCCUCGCCAGCCGUCCAACAGCAGCACCGCAUCUCUGCAUCUGUCUGCUGCUCGGCUGUACUGCUCUUCUGCCAGUGCUGAGCAUCGAAGCGCUGCGUGACGCUACGCAUCGCGCGCUGCCGCGGGACACGCACACGCCGCACCUCGCACCCUCCACGGCGACAACUCUGCGCACGCCCGCUCUGCCGCCGGCUCUCGCUUCUCCUCAGCUCUUCACUGGAGCUCGCAGCCAUGAUGCCGCCCGCACAGCGCGGCUCGUCCAGGCCGCAGGCGCCGCCUGCUGCGUCGAGCGCUGCGCAUCAUGCGUUCCCUGCCUCGCUGCACGAACGCGCCAUCGAUCUGGCCUUUGACUCAUUCUUCGACGACUUCAUGCGUGCGGGCCCCUCGUCUGUGCCGCAGCCGCCUCUGCGCGCGCCGUCGCCGCCGCGCCGCUUCGAGGCUCUUUCGGCUCUCGUGGCUGCGCCGCAGCCGCACCUGCGUCCGCCGUCGCCGCCGCGCCGUUUUGAGGCGCUUUCGGCUCUCUCGGCAGUACCGAUGCGCCUGCGUCCGGCGCCUCCGGCACCACAGCACGAGCUUUGGCUCGAUCCGAGUCUGCGCGCUGAGCCGCUCGCCGGCACCGACGAGGGCCGGAUUGCUGCGCGAUCAACGCCGCUGCCGCUGCCGCUACCGCCGCCGCUCGCUGAGGGUACGGCGCCGGCCGCGUCGCAGCUGCACCCCUGGGCGCCGCCCGACUCGCUCAAGCAGGAGCCGCGCUCCGUCUCGCCGUCGUUCAGCCUGGCCGAAGAGGCUGCCGCGCUGGCACCACCUCGCGAGUACGACGCCAGCCUGGCCGACGACGAGCGGGGCCUUCUUGUGCCUGUCAACGCUUGGCCGCCGCUUUCACCGCAGAUGCAUGUCUGCGUGGCGCGCCUUGGCGGGCAGUGGACGCAGCACCUAGCGCAGCGCAUGCCGCCGUACCACGACGGCACCGCUAUCGUGUCGCUGCCCGAGCCGCCCGAGGUCGAGUACCCGCCGCCGACGGUGCUCUCUUACCGUGCGCUGCUGCGUCGCCAGGCGCGCGCUCGCGAGGUCCACAUGCCCGCCGACCUGCGCCGCAUGUGGAUGCUGCGCGUUGCCCACCAUCGCGGCGCCAUUCCGCCGCCGCCGCAUGGGUCGGGCCGUGUGAUCCUGCGCCGCAACCUGCCCGGACGCAAGAUCCUGCGGUAGCCGGCAGCGAGGCACAACUUCCCAGACAGGAGCGUGUGGUGCCAUCAAUCGAUUCCAG